AUGUUCACUCGCUCCGGCAUUUCCCCCAACCCCCACAUUGCAGGAGAGCCUGUCUCUAUGUCUCUUCCUCCGGUUGAGGAAACCGACUCUGUGACCGCCAAUAACAUCCACGCACUGCAUCAGUUUGCUCAGAAGCCUCAUGUCGGCGAGGAGCAUCUGGAAAUCAUGAUAAACAGCUACCCGAAAAACGAGUGGGAUGAUCUCUUAGCUGAGUUGGACACUAUGACUGAUACUGCCCCAUACAAACCCCUUCUUCAAACCGUCGACCCUGCUUGGCUGGUCAACUCUUCUCAACUGGGGCUUUCUCCAGGCUCCGAAACGCCUCCACUGGAUGAACAUAUCUUCUCGGAAAUUCCAUCCAGAGAUGACAGCACCAACUCAGUAACUCCCGACGUGGCGGAAAAUACAGCCAUUGUCAACUCGCUUCCGGGCCCUCUUGAGGUCGCCGAGAGCCAGGUUGUGAUGUUCAACGUGCCACCUCCUCCAUUCGUCGAUUUAAAAACUGCUUUGCUACCGCAAAAAGGUCCAGGAGAGGUGCCUCCACCAAAAUUCAGCAUGCAACAAGCUUAUCCUCUGCUCUACUUCCCUCAACAAUAUCAUUCUCAGCCCAUGUACAGCCAGCAAACUUUCCCACCAUAUGGGCCUGACCCCAAUGCACAGUCGACUAUGGCCACGACGCCUGUAUAUCCCAUCAGCUUCAACUAUACUAUGCCACCAUAUGGAUACGUUUCGCCUCAGUAUCAGCAUCCCUACCAGAUGAUGCCUUCUAUGGGAGCCCCCAUCAACCGACAGCAGUCCUUUGCUGCGUCUACAUCCGUUACGCCAUCACCACCCCAAAAGCCCUCCCCAGAGCUCGUUUCAAACAAAAGAACUUAUUCAUUCAUCAAUGAAAUGGUUCCAAAGAAUUUUGUUGCCAACCCUAAUAAUCACGGCAGAUGGAGGUUCGAUAGACAGGGCAAUCGCGAAUAUCUGAACGGGCCGGCUGCUAAGAGAUCGCGUACCUCCAAGCUCUAA